AUGUUAUCCUUCAAGCCAGCUCCAGGCAAAAUAGUCAAAUCUAAAUUCACACCGGAAGAAGACAAGAAACUCAUCGAGCUCGUCAACAACUCACCAGACGUAGAUUGGAACAAGAUCGCAGCCCAAUUCACAAAUAGGAAUCCAAGACAAUGCAGAGAGAGAUGGCAGAACUAUCUUAACCCAGCUCUCUCCAGCAACAACUGGACAGAAGAGGAAGACCAAUUAAUUCUCGAGCGCUUCAAAGAAAUGGGUCCACAUUGGAAUGCUAUCGGCAGAACAUUUGUUGGACGUUCCGGAAAUGCUGUACGUAAUCGUUAUUUAGUUUUGAUGAGACACCAGCAAAAGAAAUUCCGUCUCAACAAGUUUAAUGAGUACGUUCCAUUACAAGAGAACCCAAUGAUGCCUAUGCCGAUUCUCGAGCCAAUCCAACAGAACUUCAUUGCUCAACAGAUGUACGCACAGCAAAUGAUGUUAGCUUAUCAGAUGAACGCUCAACAGAAUAAUUUCCAGUUCCAACAACAACAGAUGCAGCAAAUGAUGCAGCAACCACAACAGAUGCAACCAAUACAGGAGCCAAUCAUGCAGCAACAGCCAAUUAUGCAGCAGGCCCCUCAGAUGAACCUCAAUGUUGAACAUGAGGAAGAACACCCAGUUAAGGAUGUAUUUGAGGAUAAUAAUAUUAGUGAAAUCUUCACAGGCGGUGACGAUUUUGUGUUCUUGGACUCCAUGUUUAUUUAA